AUGAACCCGAUGGACCUGAAGCGGGGUAUCGACGCCUCCGUGAAGCUCGUGAUCGAGGAUCUGGAGAAGCGCAGGACGGACAUUUCGAAGCCGGAGGAGAUCCAGCAGGUCGCGACGAUCUCUGCCAACGGCGAUGCUGUCAUCGGGCGCAUGGUUGCCGAAGCUUUCGAGAAGGUCGGCAAGGAUGGCACCAUCACGGUCGCGGAGGGCAAGACCAUGGACCACGAGCUCGAGGUAGUGGAGGGGAUGAAGUUCGACCGCGGGUACAUCUCCCCGCACUUUGUCACCGACACCAAAGCGCAGAAGUGCGUCUUCACGGAUCCGCUCAUCCUGCUGUUCGACAAGAAGAUAUCCUCGGUGCAGAGCAUCUUGCCCGUGCUCGAGCACGUGGCGAAGGCGCAGCGCCCGCUGGUCAUCGUGGCGGAGGACGUCGACGGGGAGGCGCUCGCGACGAUGGUGGUCAACAAACUGCGGGGCGGCCUGCAGGUGGCGGCGGUCAAGGCCCCCGGGUUCGGCGACCACCGCAAGGCCAUGCUGCAGGACCUCGCCGUGCUGUCCGGCGCCGAGAUGAUCAGCGAGGAGCUCGGCCGCAAGCUGGACGAGACGUUCGACCCCAGCGUGCUGGGCACCGCGAAGACGGUCACGAUCACGAAGGACGACACGGUGGUCCUCGACGGCGCGGGAGGUCAGGAGGCCAUCAGGGAGCGCUGCGAGCAGAUCCAGGCGGCCGUGGAGAGCACCGCGUCGGAGUACGAGCGGGACAAGCUCCGGGAGCGGCUCGCCAAGCUUUCGGGCGGCGUGGCGGUGAUCAAGGUGGGCGGCGCCUCGGAGGUGGAGGUGCAGGAGGUGAAGGACCGUCUGAACGACGCGCUCAACGCCACGAGGGCAGCCGUCGAGGAGGGCAUCGUGCCCGGAGGAGGCACCGCGCUGCUGUACGCGUCCAGGGCGCUCGACGGCGCGGAGAUGGCCAACUUCGACCAGAACGUCGGCAGGGACAUCGUGAAGCAGGCCCUGAGGAUGCCGAUCACCACCAUCGUCAAGAACGCAGGGAAGGAGGGCAUCGUGGUGGUGGAGCACCUGGCAGUCAGAUGGGAGCUUGGGCUACAACGCGCAGACGGGCGAGUACGUGAACAUGAUCCAGGCGGGCAUCAUCGACCCAACGCUCGUGGUACGAACCGCGCUGGCCGACGCGGCGUCCGUGGCAUCCCUGAUGACAACGACGGAGGCGCUCAUCGCAGAGAUUCCCGAGAAGAAGAAGGACGCUGGUGCCGGCGGCGGCAUGGGCGGCAUGGGCGGUAUGGGCGGCAUGGGCGGCAUGGACGACUUCGACUAUUGAGCUUCUUGCCUUCACUGGCGUGA